UGAUAACGAUUCAUUUCAUAGAUUUUAAUUUUUACAAUAGACAAUCAAAAAGUGAGGUUUUGUUCUUGUGAUUAUUGAUUUAUUUAAUUAUUAGUAAUAAAGCUUAAAGAGUUAGCGAUGUGCAUUUUAUAACUUUUACUACCCAACAGUCACAUUGUGUACUGUCUCAUGGUGGAGUCAGCAGGAAUCGUUUUUUACUUAUCUUUGAAUCGGUCCUAAUUUACGUACAGUACUUUGGUGUGUCUAGUCAACGAAAGAGCCACGGCUGCGAGAGCCACGGGAGAUGAAGAAGUUUGUCCGCAAAGCCAACAGUCCUGUUGGGAGAACUAGAAGCCUUUCUGAAUCCAAGAAGUCGAAACCGACGGCACGUCCUCCUCAGCACACUGCCCACGAAGACAGGGAUACUGUGGACUUUAUAUCGAGCAAACAAUCUCGAGCUGGUCUCAGUGGUCUGGAACAGUUUGCCGAUGAACAAAUGCCAUUUGGAGUGCGUUUUGAGGAGAAUCAGACUACAACGAGGAACUACCAGUCUUCAGGAGACCAUUCACGGCGUAUAAAAAAUGAGACUGUUCAGCAGUCGCACUAUCAUCACGAAGAGGAGGUUUUGCGAAGAUUUCCUAAAUUUAAGAUCGCUUCACCAGACGACAACACCACCUAUUUAGAGUUGCAGGAAUUUUUGAGAGAAAGAAUUGAAUCUCACCGGGCUGCAUUUUCUUCGAUCCAAUCUGAUGAAAGAGAAUUCCACAGCAGAUUCCAGAAUUUGUUGUCCGAAAACACGGCACUCCAUCGGGAAGAGCAACAUUUGCACCGAAGCAUGGGUGAAAGUGAAGCAACUAUCCAGUCGCUGAAGCAGAAAAUCCAAAAACAGUUAGAUAUUCAGCAUGCUGUGGUCAGGAAUUCUGCAUUGUCCGAACGGGAUAAACAGGAAUUAUCCUUGUUGCUGAAUCGUCGAGACGCUAAAGUGCAAGACCAGAUAAGCCACCGGAAAGGCUAUCGGGCGCAGUUGAAAGGGGGCCUGAAAAAGCAUCAUCGAUCACGGGAUCAAGAAUUUGACCGGCGUUUGGGGCACACGAAAAGCGCCUUCGAAGCAAGGUUACAAGACAGAGAAAGUCGAUUGCAUCGAGUGCGUGAUGCUAUUUCGGCUGAUGAUUCCGGAAGCAAUUUGGUACCGUCCGCUCCUGCUGAUUCCUCACCAUCAAGCACAUGGUCUUCGAGGGGUGAGAAGAACGUUCACGUCCAAUCUGUGGAUCGCAGCCGCGAUUACAGACGGGUGCAACAAAUAACGCCAUCCAGCACCAGUUCAUCGAACAUUCCGUUUCAUAAUCCGAGAUACGCCAAGCGUCGCUCGAAAUCCUAUGAUGUCCUGGAACACCGUGCCAAGCAUCGUGUCCCGUUGGGAACUCGUUUACGGAUGGGCUACGAUCGGGGCGAAAGUCAUAAGGCUGUGACUAGUAUUAACUUGACCGAUGCAAUGAAAAGCGAUGCGUAUGUGUUGGAGGAUCAGAAAGCAACACCCGAUGGCUCCGUUGAAACUCGCUUGUACAAAGGUCAAUUUAUCCCAACGGGCAGCGGAGGGCGUUCUAUGAUUUUGCGCGAUGUGGAAAUAUUGCGCCAAGAAGAUCCGGUGACAACGCCGCGGAAGCCGGAAUCGCUGAUGAGUUGUAGCCCACUGCGAAAGGAAGCACUUGUCGGUGGUAGCCCCUCUAAACGGGAAAAAGUCACGCUGAUUCGCGAAAUUAUUGAAGAGAAAUACAGAAAGAAUUAGUGUUUGCGUCGACCGUGGAUGAUCUCCAGUGUUGAAUCUCACGGUAGCUGAGCUAACAAAGCACAUUAUGUUAAUAAAGCACCCUUUCCUAUGGUUAUUACUGUUUUCUUUGUUCUUUUACCAGUCUGACUUAAAUUUGAGUCGGUGUUUCUUCGCACCUUUUUACAUAACUCAGAGCUGAAAUUUACGUGUGAGUUACGAGUUGUGUGCAAUAUUUGCUUUUUGUUUCUCAGGUGUUCGUUUCGCAAUAAAA